UGAGCUGGGAUCUCCCGGCGCUAGGAGCCCGGAGGUAGGCCGGGCGUGAUGGCCAGGCCCCCGCAGCCCCGGCGUGGCCCUGCGACGCCUGGCGGCGCCCUCCGCGCCCUGCUGCGCUGCAACCUGCCCCCGGGCGCCCAGCGCGUGGUGGUCUCGGCUGUGCUGGCGCUGCUGGUCCUCAUCAACGCCGUGCUGAUAUUCCUGCUGGCCUUUCGCUGA